AUGUGCCACUUUCAGGUCUCCUCACACUGCUGGUGGGUUCCAUUUUGUCAUAGGGUGCUGGCAGAUUACGGGCCUCCCAUUGCUGCUGCCAGGCCCGUAAUCUGUCAUGGGCCACUGUACCGCCUCCUCAUGCUGCUGCCAGGUCCAGAGUGUCUCAUGGGUCCCUGUACAGCCUCCCAUUGCUGCUGUAUCCAUCGCCACACUCUGCCAUGUGCCACUUUCAGGUCUCCUCACACUGCUGGUGGGUUCCAUUUUGUCAUAGGGUGCUGGCAGAUUACGGGCCUCCCAUUGCUGCUGCCAGGCCCGUAAUCUUUCAUGGGCCCCUGUACCGCC